AUGUUUGAUGCACCAUACAGAUUGAAGAAAGUUCCACACCCUGAUACAGCCAGUGGAGGGGAGAUGUGGGUCCAUUGUUGGCUUGAGAACACCAUAGAGAAGGAGAUAUGGCAUGAAGCUAUAGAAAAACAACACUAUCUGGCUACUGAUGCAGGGUUCGGUAUGGUGGAUGGAGUGUUGGGUAACGACUGGGCAAAUGAGCCUGUCAGGACAAUGUUGAAGGAGAUGAGGACGAUCCUCUUCAUUGAAAGUGCACCAAGCCACUCCUGCAUGCUCAAUGUCAUCAACACUGCACUCUUCAAGCUCUGUACUGAUCAUACAUUGGCCUAUCUCUGCCAGCCUCAACAGAUGACAAACAAGUGGGCCAGGGCGGUUGGUGGUGGCAGAUUUGCCAAAUGCUCACAGAUGCUCCCUGCCUUGCACAUGAAUUUGUUGUACCACAAGGAUCAUCAAAAUGCCAAUCUCAAUCUCUUUGCUCACAUGCCCUGUCCCCCAGUCCAAGAAUGCAAGCUCACACCUGGUAACUCAUCACAGUACCUGAAAGGCACCGGUGGAAAGACAGUGGAUCACAUUAAUGUAAUGGCUGUGCCCUGUGGUGUUGAAGGAACUUCAGAAGGAAUGGGCAUCUUAGGUCCAUGA